AUGUUCCAUUUAGCAAGUGCAAUUGAAAAGAUGGCUGAAGACCUACAUAAGAUUGCAACUUUUGUUCAUGUGGAUGUGGAUGAACUGGUGCAAACAGUCAAAAAGUACAAUGUCGAACGUACGCCAACGUUUGCACUUUUUCGAGGACAUGUUUUCCAAACCUCCAUCACCGCGGCUCAGCUUCCUAAGAAGCCCACGCCUGAGGAGAGUGAUGACCAACUGUUGGCUUGGGUCUCCGACACAGUCAAAUCAUUUGCUCAACAUUGGAGUGCAUCCUACUCCAAGAUCACAGAUCACCUUGCGUUUUCACCCACCCCAACAGAGCGCCAGAUUACUGAAGGUCUGAUCAAUGUCGGUUUCAAAAGCGUCAUUGGCAUGGAAUCAAAACAAAACCCUGGAGAAUACCUUGCUAAAGAGGGUGAUCUCUGGAAAGCUGCUGGGAUCGAAUUUGUCUCACAUCCUAUCAAGAGUGCAGACGAGAUCGGUUUUAGUGAUUUUGAUGAGAUUCUUCAUCUAGUUGAAACACUGCCAGGCCCGAUCUUGAUCCAUUCCGACAUUGGACAAGUGGCAGCCAUCAUGGUCUUUGUCAUGGUCGCCAAGCAGAACGCGAGGAAAGGAACUGAGGUCUCAGAAUGGGCCAGAGAACUGGGUUUUGAUUUCGAGGGACUUGGUAGAGUGUCUCAAACGAUCUGUGCUUGGGUCGAUAAAUGA